GCUGCGCAGGAGACCUGCAAACCGGAGCUGGGCGAGACCGUCGUCUUCCACGCCUCCUUCUUUCUCUUUAAAGAAACUGCCGAGUUCUCGCUUGAACUGGGAGAAGCGAGGGGUGACGCAGAGGCUUUACUGACGAACCUUGAAGUUCCGGGCAAGUCAUUCUACAGGACCCGCGAGGCCCGGCGUGAACCCAGCGCCCCGCGCGGGUCAGCCCGGCAGCGCCCUUCGGUAAGCGGCCCGAAGCCAAGCCGAGGGCCCCUGACUUUGCUUCUGGAGCAAUGACACUACCGGUGGCGUGCACUCAGGUGGCCUCGUUUGGUGAGCACCCCCAGCAGUAACCCGUGUUUCUGGUGGAUUCCCUCCCGGCCUUUCGGAUGCCCGCCUGGGAGAACAGUGCAUCCGCUAUCUACGAGGUGACCCAUGGGGUGUGAAUCGCUGCCCGAUGUCGGCGCUGCGGCAGUGACCCGGGGGGACACACGCCUUCCCUCGUGGGACGCAGGUGCCCGUGGGCAUGGAGCGGAGUUUCCUAAGCGGCAUUUGAGGUCUGGUCGCCGCGGCGGCUCGGAGGCGCGGAGGCCAGCGCGAUGGAGGAGGACACUGAACUGAGAACCGACGGAAACUCACUCUUAAAGGCUGUGUGGCUGGGGAGGCUCAGGCUGACCAGACUCCUCCUGGAAGGGGGCGCUUACAUCAACGAGAGCAAUGACAAAGGCGAGACGGCUCUCAUGGUGGCCUGCAUCACCAAGCACGUGGACCAGCAGAGCAUCAGCAAGUCCAAGAUGGUCAAGUACCUGCUGGACAACAGGGCGGACCCCAAUAUCCAGGACAAGUCUGGCAAGACGGCCCUCAUCCACGCCUGCAUCAGGAGGGCCGGAGGAGAGGUGGUCUCCCUGCUCCUGGAGAACGGCGCGGACCCCAGCCUCGAGGACCGCACGGGGGCUUCGGCUCUGGUUUACGCGAUACACGCGGAUGACAAAGACGCCCUGAGACAUCUCCUCGACGCCUGCAAAGCCAAAGGGAAGGAGGUGAUUAUCAUCACGACAGAUAAAUCAUCAGCGGGCGCCCAAACCGCCAAACAGUACCUUAACGUCCCUCCGUCACCCAAAGUGGAAGACAGACAGUCACCUCCACUGUGCGCGUCUCCCUCGGACGUCGAACUGAAGGCUCCGGGCCUGGGCGCUCCGCCCAGCGAGCGGGAGGACGACUUCUUCAGCGUCCAAACGGGGCAUCCGAGUGGUUGCCACACCGCCAAGGCUCUCAACGAGCCUGGGUCACCCACCAGGAAGGUUGGGAACCUCAAGAGAGCCCGCCUGCCCCAGCUGAAGAGGCUCCAGUCCGAACCCUGGGGCCUGAUUGCGCCGUCCGUGCUGGCUGCUAACAUGCGUCAGGACGACGCCCACGGCGCGGGCACAGACAGUGAGGUCAUCAAGAGCAUUAGCGACGUGUCCUUCCCCAAAAGGGGGCCGCUCUCCAGAGCCAGCAGUAUCGACGGCAAAGACCCCACCCUGUUCCCCACGUUCACAGAGCAGAUUCUGAAGAUCCCAGCCUCGCCGGCACCCGCAUCCUGGAAGGCCGCCUACAACGACAAGGGCCAGGCGUCCCACCCUCGUGUGGCCAGAAGAGGGACUCUCCCUGUGGAGCAGGAGAAGGCUGGAGUCAGUCCAUCAGUGUCCCGCAAGCGGCUGGAAAAUGACCCGUACGAUUUCGAUCUGCAGUCAGGGGCUGACCAGCUCAAUCCCGUCUCCCUGGAGUCGGGCAAAGGGCCCCUCGAGAGGAAGAGGCUGAACGGCUCCCACGUGGCUCUCUUCCAUGGCUCCCGCGAGUCCCUGGACGCGGUGCCCAGCACCUCCCCCAGCUCGGCGCGCCCCAGGCCACCGCCUCUUCUGGAAAGGCGAGGUUCUGGGACUCUGCUGCUGGACCGCAUCUCGCACGCCAGGCCCGGAUUCCUACCGCCUUUAAACGUAAAUCUGAACCCACCCAUCCCAGAUAUCAGGCCCGGCGGCAAACCUUCUUCUCCACUUGCCAGCGGCCUAAAAUCCAUGCUGCCCGUGGCUCCCAGCUCACCGAAGAGAGCUGACCCGAGGAGUCAAAAGAAACUACUCCGGAGGCACUCCAUGCAGGUCGAGCAUGUGAAACAGCUGUCUGGCUUUGAGGAGAUCAUGGCCUAGACACUUCCAGAGGGUCUCCACGUACCUGACGACAGGCACGAUAAUCCGGACCAACACAGCCGUGUGGGCCCUCUUCCUCCCGCCCGUCCCCCCGUGCUGCUGUGCGGCCCGCCUCACAGGGUAGGGAACAGGGCCCCGCUUCCCUUCUGAAAUGAUCGUGGGUUGUUACGGGUUUGCUUGAAAAGGGCUCAGGGUAAUUGGGUUCUGGGGGUGAGGUUACCGAAAAUAAAUGUCUCCGAAGCAAGAAAACCUUUGGGGUUUGAGAGUAACGCAGCUGGUACGGUGAUCUAGGCCCCUGACAUCAGUUCCUUUCCACCAGACAAACUAGAAUUUAGAUCCCAGGAUGGCAGUGAAAGCAUGCCCUUAGUACUAAAUCUAUAAAGUGCCUACAAAGGAAAUGAGGCUUUAGAAUUUGUCAUGUGUGCAAAAGCUCGAAACUGGCCCCCGAGAUCUGGCAAGCUGCAUGUUAUGUGUCAGCCCAAGGUGGAGAAGGGGGGACAGAGCCCCCAUCAGAAGCAUCAGAAGGCGGGGAAGGGGGGGAGGCCCCCCCCCCAUCACGGGGGCUCUGGCUGCCUGUCACCGGGUCAUGGGGCAGUGUCCUGCUCGGCACGGUCACGGUCUUCCCAGACCCCCGUAUCACACUGUGCUCACGUGCUCAUCUGGAUGUGCUAUGAGUCCCCAGAUACAACUACAUGUCCCCCAGAUUCCGAUGUGCCGUCGUCAUCGGUGCGUCGGACGUGAAAUCGGCCUCAUCCGCCUGCCCUGACACGAGCCGUGCCAAAAUCUUGGGAAAACACAGCCAGGGUCUGGUAAUUAAUUUGGAGGUCACUGUGAUACGGUUUCCAGAAUAGACCUGUCUCUUGCCUGUUCUUCUGAAAAGUCGGUGACACCCCCCCCCCCACCCACCCAAAGUCAGAACAAUACGUAGCGCUGGGCCGCGCACACGUGGAAAGCGCAAGUGCACGGUUCUCAGGCCGGAGAGAGUGGCGGGGAGUGGAUCGGGUGUUGUAGCCCGAAAACUUCCGGGGGUGCAGACUGGCGUCUCCCCUGCUCUUGUCCAGGUAACUCCAGAGAAAUCCGGUUUCUGCGAAUUAUCUGAAGGGUCCACACGGCGGGAGGUUUGUAGAGAUAACCCGGGUGACGCUUUCCAGCCGUUGCACAAACCCAGGAAGGGAAGCAGAGACUUAGCACGCUCGGUGUGACGGGGCCACGGUUCAGAUGACGGGCCUGGUCGUUUUCCUGUUCAUUUUUCCCUCCUGCUGCUCAGAUUCGUGUGCUCUGCGGUUGGAAGAAUGUGGUCCCUGGGGGUCGCCUCCCGCGGAGGAAGGAGUAGAGGCUCUGAGGUCUGGGUUUGCAACUCUGUUCCGGAAAUUUCCCAGCUUGGGGACUUCGGCUUUUCUAAGCCUCCACUCGGUUGUCUGCAAAACGGGCUGGCAGUGCUUCACCUGGAAAGGGCGUGGGGGCCGGUGCCAGAACGUGCCUGUCCCGCACCCGGGGUGAGGAGGGGCCGCCCAGUCUCCCGCACAUCUCCAGGCCUCUGAGGCUUCAGAAUCUACAAGUUAUACAUAAUAUCCCACACAGAACGCAGUAAAGUCCAGCUGAAAAGUCCAAGUGUCUCCUUGAGCUCCUCCGUGGUUCCGUAGUCCUGAGCCCCAAGUACACUCGUAAAGUCAAUUCUGCCACAUCCGCUUCUCAUACGAUAGCAUCUCUGUGACGACACUUGCUAGACCCUUACCGGGGCAUCCCGAACAAAAGUGCUGACGACGAACGAUGCUCACAGAUAAGCCGAGUGUUCAUUUUUUGAUGCUUCCUCCUGGGCGGGG